CGCGACGCGCCCGGCUCCUCUCGGCGGUGGCGGCCCAGGCCGAGGAGUCCGCGGUGGUGGCAGCGGCGGUGGCGGCGCUGUUCCCCGCGCGGUCCGCGCAGCGGGGUCCGGGCUGCGCGUCUCGGGCGGCGGCACUGCGGCCCCGGCCCGAGCCCGACCCCGGGUCCCCUCCCCUGCCGCCCCCCUCCUACGGGCCGCCCCCCCGGGCCCCACGUCCCUUCCCCCGCUGGCGGGGCCCGGACAGAAGAUGGUGCAGAAGAAAACAGCCGAACUUCAGGGCUUCCACCGUUCCUUCAAGGGGCAGAAUCCUUUCGAGCUGGCCUUCACCCUAGACCAGGCCCACCACGGGGAGCCUGACUUCAGCCCAGAGUGCCCGACCCGCCCUGAUAUGCCCACGAGCCAGCCCAUCGACAUCCCUGAUGCCAAGAAGAGAGGCAAAAAGAAGAAGAGAUGCCGGGCCACUGACAGCUUUUCAGGCAAGUUUGAAGAUGUCUACCAGCUGCAGGAGGACGUGCUUGGGGAGGGUGCCCAUGCCCGUGUGCAGACCUGCAUCAACCUCAUCACCAACCAGGAGUAUGCUGUCAAGAUCAUUGAGAAGCAGCCGGGCCACAUUCGGAGCAGGGUUUUCAGGGAAGUGGAGAUGCUGUAUCAGUGCCAGGGACACAGGAACGUCCUCGAGCUGAUUGAGUUCUUCGAGGAGGAGGACCGUUUCUACCUGGUGUUUGAGAAGAUGCGGGGUGGCUCCAUUCUCAGCCACAUACACAAGCGGCGGCACUUUAACGAGCUGGAGGCCAGCGUGGUGGUGCAGGACGUAGCCAGUGCCCUGGACUUCCUGCACAACAAAGGCAUCGCCCACAGGGACCUAAAGCCGGAAAACAUCCUCUGUGAGCACCCCAACCAGGUGUCCCCCGUGAAGAUCUGCGACUUUGACCUGGGCAGUGGCAUCAAACUCAACGGGGACUGCUCCCCCAUCUCCACCCCAGAACUGCUCACCCCGUGCGGCUCCGCGGAGUACAUGGCCCCGGAGGUAGUGGAGGCCUUCAGCGAGGAGGCCAGUAUCUACGACAAGCGCUGCGACCUCUGGAGCCUGGGCGUCAUCCUCUACAUCCUGCUCAGCGGCUACCCGCCCUUCGUGGGCCACUGCGGCAGCGACUGCGGCUGGGACCGCGGGGAGGCCUGCCCCGCCUGCCAGAACAUGCUGUUUGAGAGCAUCCAGGAGGGCAAGUACGAGUUUCCAGAGAAGGACUGGGCCCACAUCUCCUUUGCUGCCAAAGACCUCAUCUCCAAGCUCCUCGUCCGUGAUGCCAAGCAGAGGCUGAGCGCUGCCCAAGUCCUGCAGCACCCCUGGGUGCAGGGGUGCGCCCCAGAAAACACCCUGCCCACGCCCAUGGUCCUGCAGAGGAACAGCUGUGCCAAAGACCUCACUUCGUUCGCGGCAGAGGCCAUUGCCAUGAACCGGCAGCUGGCCCAGCGGGAGGAAGACGCGGCGGAGGAGGAGGCGGAGCAGGGCCAGCCCGUGGUCAUCCGAGCUACCUCACGCUGCUUGCAGCUGUCCCCGCCCUCCCAGUCCAAGCUGGCCCAGCGGCGGCAGCGCGCCAGCCUGUCUGCGGCCCCCGUGGUCCUGGUGGGAGACCACGCGUGACGCCUUCCUUCCCUCUGUACAUAGGCCUUCCCCAUCCAUCAGAUCUAAAAAGAUUUUUUAAGCUAUUGCCCGCCCGCCCUGACCAGCGGGCUCCCCUACCCCCUCCCCUUCCUCCCUCUCCCGGCUGGAUUCCGAGGCGCUCUGCUCAGCUCGGGGGUCUUUUUAUAUAAGGUUUUUGCUGUUGGUUGUUUUUUUUUUUUUUCUUUUUUUCUGUUUCUCUCCCCCCACCCCCCCUUCCAAUGGUGUUAAAAGCAAAGCAGGCUGGGGGGAGGAGAGCUGAGGGCGCGCGGCCGGGUGGGCCCUCCCGCCGCCCCGCCCGGGACGCCUCGGCCACUGUGAAGGCCCCUCCCUCCGCCCGCGGGACUCAGGAGAGGAGGGCGUGGCGUCUCCCGGGCCGGGCGGGGCCCCGCCGCCCUCUCCGGCCCUCGCGGUGUUUUCAGGGACCGGUCCACCCCCACUUCCCCUGGAUGAGACGGUAGCUCCUUCCCUCCUCACAGACACCCUGGCGGGCGGCGGGGCCGGGGGCUUCUCAGGUCUCCGCAGUCGCGGGAGCGGAGCCUGGGGCGGGGAGGGCGGAGUGACACCGCCCGCUGGACACCCCCACCCCCUCCCGCCGACUGACAAUCGGGGCUCCCUCGAACCUUGACCUUAAGCUGCAGCUGAUGGGCCCUCCUCUGGCCCCUCCACUGGGGACUGCCCACCCGAGAGGGGGGCGCCAGGGCAAGCGGGAGGGGCUGGACAGGCGCCCGUCAGCCGACGUGGGGGUCCCGCGGACCCCAGACCCGGGCACCCGAGUGCCCCUUCUCAGGGCUCAGUCUGACCACGGCCACGUCCUGCCCGGCCGCCCCUCGGGUCCGGCGUGGAUGCCCCGUCAGCCCCCCCUCCCCUGCCCCGGGCGGCGUCUCUGCCCCGCCCAUCUUCAGGAAAAGGCCGCAGCUGCUGCCCCGUCCGCCCGCGCCCGAGUCAGACGUUGUCGCGUGACCCGCCGGUCUGGGGAGUCUGGGCCCUCCCCGAUCUGACGCCUGGGCCCUCGGGUAGGAGACACUAUGCAAUACACAGGCUUCCUUUUCUACGUGCACACGGGCUUUUGCCGGGGCGAGGGGGUGGGGGGGCGCCGGCAGGCGGUCCCCGGGGUCCCGGCCGGCCUCUGAGGGUACCCCGAUCCGGCUUCUAGUCGUUCGUUCUGUUUCGUUAGUUUUCUAAAACAAAAGUUGACUUCCCUUCCCUGUUCUUGAAGAAUACUUGAAUGUGGGGGGAGGGGUUCGAGACGUGGGGAGCUCGGGCGCCGUUUCUGCGGUCCCCCCACGUCUGGAGGUUGUCGCAGUCCUAGGUGGCUGGUGGGGGCCGCCGCCCCUCCCCGCCCCCGCCCGCCGGAUCUGUGGACUGGCCUUUCCAAAGACUCCGGGGGUGGGGAGGCCAACCCCCACCAUCAUUUCUCUCCCAUUUGUGAUUCCAUGUUUUGCAACCGAGAAUUCUGCCUUUUUGUAAAAAAAAAAACAAACGGACUCUCGCCCGCUGCGAGGCGCCAUGGCCAUUUUACUCGGGAAAGCUGAGCUGUGAGCCGCUUUUUUUUUUUUUUUUUUUAAAUCCAAAGGUGGGACAUCCACUUCCUCCCCGCUGUCUCGAACAGUGAGGCCCGGAGGACUGGUCAGAACCGUUACUGUGAAUGAGCCUGGCUCUCAGGCUGCUCCGGCGCUGGGGGAAGGGGGUACAGCAGUGUUUCAAUGUUAAGAUGUGUAAAAAAAAAAAAAAAAAGAUUUUUUUAAAGUGGGGGAAAAACAUCCAAGCACUUUAACUCCACUCUACCAGGUGAGCUGAUACAGCUCAGAAGUUUUCCUUUACACCAACUGUCAAUGCCGGAAUUUUGUAUUCUGUUUUGUAAGGAUUUAAUAAAAGU